CCCGUGAGCCGCCUGGCCCCGGCGGAAAGUUUUCCCUGACGGAGUUUUGGCGGCGGCGGCGGCGGCGGCGGCGGCCCGAGCUGCCAUGGACGCGCUCAAGUCCGCCGGGCGGGCGCUUAUCAGGAGCCCCAGCCUCGCCAAGCAGAGCUGGGGGGGCGGCGGCCGGCACCGGAAGCUGCCCGAGAACUGGACAGACACCCGGGAGACACUGCUCGAGGGCAUGCUCUUCAGCCUCAAGUACCUGGGCAUGACGCUGGUGGAGCAGCCCAAGGGUGAGGAGCUGUCGGCCGCCGCCGUCAAGAGGAUCGUGGCCACGGCCAAGGCCAGUGGGAAGAAGCUGCAGAAGGUGACUCUCAAGGUGUCGCCACGGGGGAUCAUCCUGACCGACAGCACCACCAGCCAGCUCAUUGAGAACGUGUCCAUUUACAGAAUCUCCUACUGCACAGCAGACAAGAUGCAUGACAAAGUGUUUGCGUACAUCGCACAGAGCCAGCACAACGAGAAUCUUGAGUGCCACGCUUUCCUCUGCACCAAGCGGAAGAUGGCCCAGGCUGUCACCCUUACAGUAGCCCAGGCCUUCAAAGUCGCCUUUGAGUUUUGGCAGGUAUCCAAGGAAGAGAAGGAGAAGAGGGAGAAAACCAGCCAAGACGGAGGGGACAUCCUGGGUGGGGGCUGCCGAGACAGCACCCCUUCGCUGAAGAGCCUGGUCGCCACUGGGAACCUGCUGGACUUGGAAGAGACAGCCAAGGCCCCGCUGUCCGCGGUCAGCGCUAACACCACUCACAUGGACGAGGCACUGCGACCUCAAGACUUAAACAGCAGCAGCGUUGUCUGGGAGCUGGAUGAUGGCCUGGAUGAAGCAUUUUCAAGGGCCAGUGCUCCUGCAGAGGGGCCUGCCCCAGCCAGCCAGCUGGACGUGCAACCGUCGCCAAGAGAAAGGACCCACUCCGGACUGUUGGCCAGAGAGGUAAGAGGGAAUGUGUAAUUUCUCUAAGUAACAAGAAAUAUAACAAGGGACGUCUGGGUGUUCGUGACACUAGGGAGUAUGCUUGCCAAGGCCCAGGGCUGCACCCCAAGGACGCGGAAGAGUCUUGAAGAGUGUCAGCAGGCAGGAACACGGAUACCCACCAAAGCUGGGGUUGGCUGUUGCCCGCAGACUAGUCUGGUGCAGCCAAGCCAGCUCUCUGCUAAGCUACCAAAGGUGGGAAGAAAAUGAGCCUCCAAGCCUCUUCAGACUUGUCUCUCAUCAAAAAUAUAUGCUUCGUGAGGGUAGGAGCUGAGUCUGUCUUGUUCCCUGCUCAAUAAAUUGGACGUGUGUUAUGGAUGAAUAAACAAAUAGAUCAAGAGAUAAGGGAUGGAAAAGCAAUUUACACUUCUGAAGUACUAUGCGAGGCAGGGGAUAACUGGGGAGAAAGGCUUCUUCUAGAAAUUAUUCCUUAGGAGAGGCCAAAAAAAAAAAUUCUAUUAAUAGAUUCAAUUAAUAAACAUCAGCCAAGGUAAAUGUUAACAGGAAGCACCCCUGCAAAUGUUGGCCGUCUCUCAGGCAGGGCUCGGGGUUGGCUGGCACUCAGGCAAAGAAGGCAUCCUCCCUCCUGUUUGCUCAGAGCACGGUCUCAGCCCUGGGGGAGCCUCAUCCCUACAUCCUGAGUGGGGACCACAGCCCAGCUGCUUCCUGGAAGCUCACCCCACUCCAGCCACUCCGGCCCCUUCUGUGUUCCGUAAACACACCGAGCCUGUUUGUACCUCGGGGUCUUCCCCCUUGCUGUCCCUAUUGUCCCUCUUCCCCUCACUUCCGUCAGGUUUCUGUGCAAACAUCACCUCCUCAGAGAGGCAUUUUCUGACCCCACUCUAAGAUAGCAGCCACUGUCCCCAUCACUGCCCAUCUUUAAAAAAAAAUUCCCCAACUCUGUUUUAAUUUAUUGAGAGGACUUGUUACAACCUGAAAUUGUGUAUAGAAUAUAUAUGCCUUUUAAAACAUUAUUUGUUUUGUAUUUUUGUCCAACUCCCCCCUCUAGAAUGAAGACAGGGAAUUUUUCUGUCCUGUUUACUGCUGUAUCUCCUAGAACAGCGCCUGGCCCUUAAGUAGGCACUCAGCAAACUGCUGAAUGAAUAAGUGGGGGGUGAACUGGACAGAGUCUCUGUCCUCAAGGGGCUCCCCUUCUAAUAGGCAGCGCUGCCAGCUAACUGGGCAGUUUCUCUGUCAUGCGCUGAGUGAUAUGAUGAAGGCGUGGGGGAUGCUGGGGGGGAGGGACAGCGAGGAAAGGCAUAGGACCGUGCUGGGAGGAUGAGGGAUGGCUUCUUGGAUGAGGCCACAUCUAAACCAAGACCUGAGUACUGAGUCAGAAUUCUCCAACUAGGAGGGAGGAGGAGAGCAUUCUAGGCAGAGGGAAGUAAAGGUUUAAAGUCCUGAAGGCAAGAGAGAGCCUGGAAAGUUGAUAGAAUGUAAAAAAGUUCUGUGUGUCUGGAUCAGAGUGGGGAGGGGGAAGAGGCACAGAAGAGACUGGAUGGUGGGCAGGGGUCCGCUCACAAAGCAUCUAGAGCAGACGAUAAGGCAGGAAGUAACAUGACCAGAUCAUAUUUCUGCUUACCAGUGUUUUCUAAACAUUCAAAAUCUUCGGGAACUUUGCCAUAUCUGGCAUCUCUUAACCCAGUGAUAAAUACUAUUCACUUAAUACUUUACAUGUAACCGACUCAUUUUACUUAAAUACAUUCAUUUACAAGGGAAACCCUUUGUAAACUAUCCUAACAACUUGUGUCAUAUACACAAACUAACAGUAAAACUAAACCUAAUGAAAAUGAAAUAAUGUUCCAUUUCACCAUCUGCUAAGGUUCUGAUUCCAAAGUCUACCUUCUCUUGUCAAAAAAAGAGAUUAACAUGUUGGCAAGUUGUUAAAGAUGAGAUAGCACCAAACGGGACUUGCUCCUUGACAAGAUCAUCAGAAAGAUUCAAAGAGGAUUCAAAGGAAAUAUUAAUAUCUUUCUUACUGUGUGAGACAGUGUUACUUCAGCUGUAUCUGGAUUUCUUCUAAGAUUAUUUCAUAAUGACAUAAAAUAAUCUUAUACAUGACCAGUGGUACGAUUUCCACAGAGACUCACUAUAAACCUUUCAGAUGUCUGUGACUGAACAGAAGUAGGGUAUGGAAGAGAAAAUGGGGUAGAUGGCCAAGAAAACUGAACAAGCCAAUCAAUCAAACUGUAUUCCCUCACUCCUCUUACAUUGUAAAACCUAUCCAUCCAUCCAUCCCACCACCUGGACAUCCAUCAGCCUGCCCGUAUGCCCACCCACCUUUUUGUUUAUCUGCUUGCACACCCACAAAUCCAUUUACUUACCCACUUGUUCACCUGCUUGCCCAUAUACCUGAGUAUCUUCUCACCUGCCAAAUACAUGCACCCAUUCCCUCCAUACAACUGCUCUCCUGAACGUUGCCCAUCCAUUCCCCUGUUUACCUAUCUACCUAUUAUCCAUCCAUCCAUCCAUCCAUCCACCUAACCAUCCACCCAACCAUCCAUCCAACAUCCAUCCAUCCAUCCAUCCAUCCAUCCUUCCAUCCAUCCCAUACAUUACAUUCCACACUGAGUGUCUUGACCCCUAGUUCUCCUGUUCCUUCUAAAAUAGAAACUGUGGCUAUGACCCCUUUAGCUGAGUUCUGAUUUGGGUGUUCAUUGCCUCUUACAAGCUUCAGUCCUCCCUGAGCUUCCCUUUGGUUUGUCCCCAAAUGGAAUCUCUGAAAAUCACCUUAUUCGUGCUGCCCUCAUACACUCCUCCUCACCAGGGGUCUUAUUUUCCUAUAACCUUACCAGGGUAGAGCCCUAGAUUGUCAAAGAUGAAAGGGACGGCAGAGACCACUGAGCCCAAAGCUUUCAGUUUCUAGAUGGGAAAGCAGAGUGGGCAGGUCACAGGAUGAGCCAGUCACAGUAUUAGGAACCUUUUUAUUUCUCAAGAUAAAUCCUCCAGUGCCCAUAAACUACUCCUGCAUUUCUAAAAUGUCAGGCCUCAAAGCAACCUUAGACAUGAUCUCUGCGUGGUUUUCCAGAUGGGCCUCGCAGGGUGGGUGUUGUGAGUGGUCUAGUCUCCGAUUCCCUACAGCCCUAUUUAACUAGAGGAUGGGAGUAUGUGGGAUUUUUUUUUUUUUUUUUGAACAAAGGGUUUUGCUGCUAAGAGGAAAAAAAUGUUUAAACCC